AAUAUUCAUUUGGGGAGGAGAGAGGAGAGAGAAAAAGAAAACAUGGGAUAAAGGAGAGAUUGUUAGAAAAGGUAAUCUGGUUAUUUAUUUAUAGUUUACUUAGCCAAAGGGACCUUAAAAUGCUUUGAUAAGAAUGGCCAAAGUUUCUUCAAAGAUUAACUGGCAUUCUUUAAAAAGGCAUCAGUUUUCUUUUGCACAGGUGUUUGGAGAGCCCGGACUGGAUGCCCACUAGAAUCCUGUGCUGUGAACAGUGAGAGAGUUUUCUUCAUUUUGAGGAACCCUAAACACCUAUCUUUCCCAAGGCAACCUGUCUGGACUGAGCAUUUCUCUGACUUGACAUAACUUCCCAUCCAGCCAGGAGUCUGCACUCUUCAGUCUUUGCAGGCAGUAGCAGAAUCCCAUGGUAGCCAGGUGGGUGAAGGGGAGCGAGGACGUUCUACCUGCCUUGAAGAAGACACCUGACCUGCGGAGUGAGUGACCAGUGUUUCCAGAGCCUGGCAAUGGAUGCCAUUCACAUCGGCAUGUCCAGCACCCCCCUGGUGAAGCACACUGCUGGGGCUGGGCUCAAGGCCAACAGACCCCGCGUCAUGUCCAAGAGUGGGCACAGCAACGUGAGAAUUGACAAAGUGGAUGGCAUAUACCUACUCUACCUGCAAGACCUGUGGACCACAGUUAUCGACAUGAAGUGGAGAUACAAACUCACCCUGUUCGCUGCCACUUUUGUGAUGACCUGGUUCCUUUUUGGAGUCAUCUACUACGCCAUCGCGUUUAUUCAUGGGGACUUAGAACCCGGUGAGCCCAUUUCAAAUCAUACCCCCUGCAUCAUGAAAGUGGACUCUCUCACUGGGGCGUUUCUCUUUUCCCUGGAAUCCCAGACAACCAUUGGCUAUGGAGUCCGUUCCAUCACAGAGGAAUGUCCUCAUGCCAUCUUCCUGUUGGUUGCUCAGUUGGUCAUCACGACCUUGAUUGAGAUCUUCAUCACUGGAACCUUCCUGGCCAAAAUCGCCAGACCCAAAAAGCGGGCUGAGACCAUCAAGUUCAGCCACUGUGCAGUCAUCACCAAGCAGAAUGGGAAGCUGUGCUUGGUGAUUCAGGUAGCCAAUAUGAGGAAGAGCCUCUUGAUUCAGUGCCAGCUCUCUGGCAAGCUCCUGCAGACCCACGUCACCAAGGAGGGGGAGCGGAUUCUCCUCAACCAAGCCACUGUCAAAUUCCACGUGGACUCCUCCUCUGAGAGCCCCUUCCUCAUUCUGCCCAUGACAUUCUACCAUGUGCUGGAUGAGACGAGCCCCCUGAGAGACCUCACACCCCAAAACCUAAAGGAGAAGGAGUUUGAGCUUGUGGUCCUCCUCAAUGCCACUGUGGAAUCCACCAGCGCUGUCUGCCAGAGCCGAACAUCUUAUAUCCCAGAGGAAAUCUACUGGGGUUUUGAGUUUGUGCCUGUGGUAUCUCUCUCCAAAAAUGGAAAAUAUGUGGCUGAUUUCAGUCAGUUUGAACAGAUUCGGAAAAGCCCAGAUUGCACAUUUUACUGUGCAGAUUCUGAGAAACAGCAACUCGAGGAGAAGUACAGGCAGGAGGAUCAGAGGGAAAGAGAACUGAGGACACUUUUAUUACAACAGAGCAAUGUCUGAUCACAGGGGCGCCAUCCAGGUUUAACCCUGCAAGCUGUUUCCACAUCAGAACUCCCUUCAAACACAAAGAUUGCUGUGAAAACGAAAAUGUGUAGACGCACUCUCAAAAACUGCACGGACAUACAAAAUCAAUCUUUUCCUUUGAUCUUGUGGCUAAACCAGCAUUUCUGUGUUUGAGAGAUUUCCUGUUAGGUGCUUCGUCUGAAAGUGAACUCUCAUAAUUCAAAUUGUAUAAAAUAAAGCUACAUUUCUAAGAGCUUGGUGUAGGGCAAUUGGAAUAAUGUCCUUUUAGAUAAACAGACAUUUAGCAACGCUGACAUUAAAAGGAAAUGUAUUUCUAUACAAGAUUAUUAGCUGUAAUACAAGAUAUUUAUUUAACCAAUGACCUUAUGGCUGAGAGUUGAAUUGUGGUUCAGUAUUCAUUGAUCUCACUGCUUUAAAACAUGCUCUUUUUGUUCAAGCAGGAAAAAUAUUAUAUCUAAUUAUGUCUAUGUGGUAAUACCUAAAAAGAGGUAGAGAGACUCUAUGUUCACAAAAUAUAGUAAUUUCAUUUUUACCUUUCUUCAGUGGACUGAAUUGUAUGGAAGGAAAUUGAUCAGAUCUGUAAUUCACAACUGUGGAAACCUACACAAAUGGGGCUGAUGCCAUUGUUUCCUCUAUUUUAUUUUAUUUAUUUUUGAAUCUACUAUCUCUUUCCAUUCAAAAUAUUUCCAUUCAAAAUGUGGUUCACAGACCCGCCACAUCAGCACCAUCCGAGAGCUUAUUAGUAAUGUGUAGAUUCUCAUGUCCCAGCCAGACUUACAGAAUUGGGGUCUGUAUCUUAACAAGAACCCCAGAUGAUUUGUGUACAAAUGAAAGUUCGAAAGCUGUGCUCUGGACAGUGUUCUCAAAGCAACUUUCUGAAGCCAUGUGGAAAACUGACUCUGUGUGGGUCCCGUAUCCCCGUGGCAUCCAGACCUGGCCUCUCUUCAUUUCAUUAUUAUUGGCCAAUAUUUCUUUCAGCCAUUUCAUUUCUUAUCUAUUAAAAUGGCUUGCCCGUAAAGGAACUGCAUAGGAUUAUCCCCUGACAUUCCAAGAGCAAAAUAAAGCUCUUGAGAGUAAUUGUUGUCUCAGUCAUGCUUGCUGAUUACAGUUAGCACAAAAGAAAAAUUCAGCUGCCUGACAAUACAGGAAAUGUUCUCAGAUGCUGAUGUUUGUAAGGUCCGGUGGGGCCAUGAGGAAGAAGAGGAGCUGAAGGUAAGAAACUCAUAAACAAGAUGACUCUUUGAUGCAUGAACAAGAUUUGAAAAUCUCAAGCCUGUAAAGAAUACCCCUGCUAUUUAAAUAAAGCUCAUACCAAGAGGUAACAUUUUGCCCCGGGCCAAAUUCAGGGGUCUAGUGCCCUGCAUUCCUUUGAGGCAAAAAAUAAAUGGGCUAUGACUGGUUAAAUGUCCAAAAGGUGAAUUCUCACUUCAUUCAAACAGAGACAGAUUUGCGCAUUCACUCAAGCAGAAUGUGGCCAUGAAUAUUCAGCCCCUGCAUACAUACAAAGAUGUACGCAUGAUUCCCCCCACCAAGCACACACAGAGUCACACACGCACACACACACACGCACACACGUGCGCGCGCACACACACGCACACAUGCACACACACAUACGCACACGUAAACACGCACACAUGCACACGCGCACACACACGCGCACACACGCACACACGCACACGCUUGCACAGGCCCUGGCUCCUCAAGCAUAAUCAUGGUAGUCAUCAGUGAAAGACAUUUGAGAUUAAGACAGCAAGUCCUUGACAAAUAUGUUCAUGUCUAUUUGGUUCUAGUUCUAUAAAAAUAUGAACAUUGGGACUCAGAGAAAAUGGGGAAAAUAAAGUGGAUUCAGGUUAUCAGUGAAAUGAUGGUAUAGAUUACAGCAAAUCUGGAUAUAUACUGAUGUUACUGCAUUUGCAAAUGUCCUCCCAUUAAACAGAAAAUGUGGCUAAAAUCCCUGGCCUGGAACUGAACUAGUUUAAGGCAGGUGUAAGAAUAGUGGGAGGAAAGUUUGUGAAAGUUUAAAGAAUGCCCUCAAUCCAUGAACGAGAGGGAGGAUGUUGUCUUUAAUUAUUUAGAAGGUUUUUUUUUUCUUGUCUGUUGAUAAUUUUAUGGAAGGUUGCUUUAGAUCUCCAUUCCUUAAAAAAUAUUACAUGUCAGUGUAGUUAGAUAUUAUCUCUUUUAGUUAUUAUACUUGCUAUUUUUACUGUAUAGUGUGGUAUAAUCAACAAAAAAUAAUGCCACGGGCAUGUUUACACCUUUUCUGUUGCACUAUUAAAUUCUUUUCACAGUAUUCAUAUCAAUGCUAAUUUGAAUGUGAUGCCGAUUAAAAAUCUUGUUCAUUUAUAUUGUAUAUGGUACAAGGACGUAGCAUAAGAUCCAAAAAAAAUUUUGUAUUGUCAUUUAGCAUAUCAAUUUCAGCCAAAUUUGGAAGACUUGAUCAUCUUAUCUUUUGCUCUACACACUCAAAACAAAUAUUGCAGCAGAAAUAUCACCUUAAAAAUAUCUUAUUUUAUAUUUAGAUAAUAUUGAAAUCACAGUCUAUUAAAAUUGGAAAUUUAAUUCAAAUAAAAAUCAAACAAAAUAGUUGUUUCAAUUUAUCUAAAUAUCUGGUCUUAAGAGUGCCUUAAGAGUGUCUCGUUUUUAAGAGUGUCUUAAAAACCAAUAUUUGUAUAAGUCAACAAAUCAUAUAAUAUUCAAUAAAUAGCUCUGAAGUUG